AUGAUAAUUGAGUCGUCGAUGGGUGUGUACAAUUUUGCAACAGUUUUGAGUUGUCUGUGUACCCCAAAUCGACAACCUAACGUUUCCGUCCGUUUGAUUUCUAGUAACAGUAAUGCGUCCCUCCGCUUGAUUAACAGUAACAGUAAUGAGCAACCAAAUCGUCCUUGUUUGAGGUCAAGAUUCCGUGUUGCCGCACAAAGGCUUCCAUCCCGAUUACAUGGAUUGCUGGGCGAUGAUGAUUCUGUAACCCAAGAAUCACACAAUUCUGAACCGGAUGCUACUAUUCAAUUAAAUCUUCCCAGAAGAAGUUUGCUAGUACAAUUUACAUGUGACUUGUGCGGUGAAAGAACAAAGAGGCUUGUAAACCGAUUAGCUUAUGAAAGGGGUGCUAUUUUUGUUCAGUGUGCAGGCUGUCAACGACAUCACAAAUUAGUUGACAAUCUUGGACUAAUCACGGAGUAUGAUUUUCGGGAGGAAAAGAACAGAGACUCAGAAGUUGAUCAAAUAUGA